AUGGGCGAUAAACCCUUUGAAAGACCCAGGAGAACUGGUGUUAAUUACACCAGGACUCUUAAUAUUAAUCCGUUACUAAAUAAAAACAAAUUUAAAUUCAAUCCUAUCAACAAGAAAGAAAAAUUUUUAAAUAAAAAACUCGAUGCAGAAAAUACAGCAGUAAACGUAAAACAAACAGUAGAAACAUUGAAGAGUAAACCAAUCCCUAAAGUUACAAUUUUAUUGAAAGAUGAUAACAAUGACUCGAACCAAGAUCAAACUACUGAAGAAAUGACAGAAGUGGAAGAAAAUGGAGAAAACGAAGAAUUAAAUGAAAACCAAGAAAACAAUAAUACAACUGCUGAUAAAAUUUUGGGAAAAAAUCUAAAUGAAAAAUUGGAGAAUGUUAGUUUAACCCUGAAAAAACAGUCUGUAGUAAUCAAAAUACAAACAGAAUCAUUCAACAAUAGGAAAAUGAUUGCAGCGUAUUACGACAAUGAAGAAGAAAUGAAAAAGGGAAAAAUAUGCGAUGUAGGCGGAUAUGCAAAUAAGCCAACUUACAUGCAUAGGGCUGAAAUUUUUAAACGUAAUCCAGACAAAGAAAUGCAACACGGCGUCAAACUGUGGGACGUACCUUUAGGAUUUAGAAAUAAAGAUAUUAAACAAGAACUGGAAUUGAAAUUUGGAAAAAUUACAAGAAUUUCUUUAAGAGUAAAUAACAUGUGGCAAUCAGCUGUUAUUAUUUUUAAAGAAAAAAGUAGUGCACAAAAGCUACUUGCUAAUUGGAGCAUCAUUAUUGGAGAAGAUUCUCUUAGAGUAACACAUUUAGAUCAAACAAUUGAUAAUCUCAAAUCACGUGGUCAAUAUGCAGCAAGGGUAAUCGGUUUGCCCAAUGGUAUUACAGCAAGAGAAUUGUGGCCACACAUCGAAAAAUUGGGAGCAAAAACUUGUUACUUUCCAAGAACACGAAACUACAGGAAGAAAGGCGAAGCUAUUAUCUCCUUUCAAGAGGAAGAAGCUCGUGAGAAUGCUUGUAACGCAGUAUGGGAAGGUGUGAACUUAGAUACUACAAGUGACCAAAGAUUAGAAAGAAUCGAACAAGUAUUGAACGAACUUUGUGAACGUUUAGAAAUCCUAGAACACCACGUGAUGAAUACAACAGAAGAACAGAUUCAAGAUUGGACAUCUGAGCAGGAGGAGGAUGAGGAAAUGAUAGAUGAAGAAGUUACAGAAAAUAAUAAUGAUGCUAAUAAUAACGAUAAAUCAAAAUUAAAUAAAAAACAUGAAACAAAUAACAAGUUAGAUACAAUUAUCCUCGCAAUGCAACAAAUGACAAAUAGAAUUGAAACAAUUGAAACGAGAGUAGGAUCGACAUCGACCUUCUCCGGAACAAAAAUUUCUGAAAGCAAUAUUGCUACGCACAAUGUAAGGGGAUUUGGAGAUUAUAUUAAAUGUGAACUUUUAUAUAAUUAUAUUAAAAACAGUAAGAUAGAUAUCAUGGGUAUCGCAGAAACAAAUUGUAAAGAAAAUAAUGAAAAGUGGUUUAUAGAUGAAGGAAAAAAGUAUAGAAUACAUUGGUCUUCUGAUGGGAGAGCAAUAAGAGUGGACAUGGCACUAUCAAAAAAAACCACAGUACAGAUAAUACAAAUAUAUUUAUCAAGUAAAAAAUGUGAAAAUAAAGAAGUAAUGGAAAAAAUAAAAAACUGGGUUAUACAAGCACAACAAAAAAACUACAAAUUAAUUGUAAUGGGAGACUUCAACGCAGUCCCGUCAUCAAACAUAGACAGAAACAAUAAUAGCCAAUCGCAGAUUCCAGAGAGUAAAAUUUUUCCUUUUUUGACCAGCAGAGAACUUAUUGACUGUUACAGAACAAUGCACCCUGAAUCUAGUGGCUUCACAUGGCAAAGAGAUAAUUCAACUGCUGAAAGUCGCAUCGAUGCAAUAUGGAUGUCAGAAAAAUGGGGAGGAAAAAUGGAAUCGUGUUAUGUUGAUAAUCUAAAUUUAAUAACAGAAAGCGAUCAUAAGCUGGUAGGCCUCAAAAUUAGAAGAAAUUGGCAAAUUCGUGAAAGGAAAAAUAAUAUUAUAAAUAACAGCCCUAAAUAUAAUACUAAAGUAAUGUGCGAAGAAAAAUGGUUAAAAUUUACGAAAUACGUAGAGGAAAAAAUCAAUAACUCAACAAUAGAAGAAAGGGAAAGGAAAUAUGGGGUGUCAAUAAAUUCCAUGGAGAAAACAUGGAAAACUCUUAAAAACAUUAUGAUCGAGGGAGCUGACCAUGCAAUACCAAAAAAACGGGAAAAAAAGCAUAAUAAAAAAAUAAACAGAAAUGUCGCGGAGAAUAUGAAAAAAGCAAAAAAGAAGAACGACACGCGUGAAGACUUAAUCGAAGCUCUCAGAAUUGCAAGUCUUGAUUUUCAAAGUGUUGCAAGGGCAGAAAAAAAGAAAGAAACAUUAAAACAAAUACAAGAAGCAAUCGAACGACGAUGGGAAAAUCUUAAAGAAAAUCCAAAAAGAAUGAUUAAUAGUAUUCUAGAUAGACAACGUAAAUCGAUUAUUAUGGACCGCAUAAUUAACGAAAAUGAGGAGGGAAAUAUCGAAAUUAUAACAGAUAGUACAGAAAUUAAGGAAGCAAGAUGA